AUGGCAGCUGAGGAUGUUGGUGAGGCAGAGGACAGCGGUGUGUCGAGCAAGCGUGGGCUGGUGUCGCUGCUGCAGCUCAUCCGCAUGAAUCGCCAACACGGGCGUACAAUAAUUCCCGGUCUGUUCUUCACAAUCCUCGAUGGCGCAUCUGAGGUCAAUAUGUAUGCUGGGCUCUUCUUUAUGUUCGCUUGCAUCAUCUUCUUCACCAACGGCGGCCGGUCUUUCUUCUUCACGCAUGCAGCCGAGAAGAUCACGUACCAUACGCGUCGCGAUGUGUUCCACGCCAUGAUGCGCCAGGAUGCAGCGCUGCCGGAUGUGAACAAGUGCAUCGGUGAGGCAAUUCCUACUUUUGUUGCUGCGGUUGCUGCGGUUGUCGCUGGAGUCGCCAUUGCAUUUGCAUACGACUGGCGCCUGACGCUGGUGAUUCUGGCAACCUUCCCCUUCCUCAUCUUUGCCAACUACAUGGAGGCCAUGUCGGUGUAUGCCGUCGACCAAGGCGAUGAAGGACCUGUCGCCAACAUCCGCACCGUGACCACUCUGACACGCGAGCACACGUUCAUCAAGCGUUUCAAAGACAACAGCAUCGGGCCGUACCGCAAGGCAAAGAAGAACCACUAUAUUGGCGCUCUCGGAUACGGGCUUUGCGCAGACUUCAUCGGCGUGCAGCAGAUGCUGAACGUCAUGUUUGCUAUUGAAUUCUCAGCAAUGGAGCUUGGCCUCUUCGCCCAGCAGUCGUCGCUGCUCAAGGACUAUCGAAAGCGCAUCAAGGUCUCUCGCGACCAGAUCACUGGCGACAUUGCUGCCCGGAAGGUCCGUUUUGCGUAUCCGACUCGUCCUGGUGCCACCAUUCUGCGCGGUAUCACGCUCGGCGAAAGUCCACCAAUCAUCGGUCUGGUUCAACGCCUGUACGAUGUGCUGGGCGGCAGUGUCGACGUCGAGCGCACCGAUGUUCGACAGUGGAAUGUCAAGUCACUGCGGUCCAACCUGGCGCUGGUGGGCCAGGAGCCGGUGCUGUUCGACUACACAAUUGCCGGGAACAUCGCGUAUGGCCGCCUUGACGCGACACAGAUGGAGAUUGAGGAGGUCGCCAAGCAGGCCAACAUCCACAACUUUGUCAUCGAGCUGCCCGACGGCUACAACACGCGUAUCGGGCAGACCGGCGGCCGGCUGUCUGGCGGCCAGAAGCAGCGCAUUGCCAUUGCCCGUGCGCUGGUGCCGUCGAGUGCGCUUGAUUCGCAGAGCGAGAAGCUGGUGCAGGAGGCACUCGAUAUCGCGUCUGAGGGCCGCACUACGAUCACCAUUGCCCAUCGACUCAGCACGAUUCAGAAUGCCGACCACAUCCAUGGCACCCACGACCAGCUGCUGGAGCAGAAGGGUCUGUACAGCCUGCUUUCGUCGUCUGAUGACAGCACUGACGACGAGUACAGCUUCAAAGACAUUGAGCACUAUGAUUUUGGUAUUGAAGAAUUGGAGGACUCCUCGCAGCCGAUGCCCAGCGGACACGAUUCUAGUACUCAUGCCCAGGUCAGUCUGUCGCAAGGGGCCACCAACGAGCUGCUGAUUCCAGUAGCGUUGACAUUGGUGAUAUGUGGUGGAGACAGUAUGAGCCACAGUGCGUCGGAUGACCUGGGGGUUCACAAUGGCAAGAUCGCACAGGUGCGUGGCUGGCUGGAGAUGGCAAUGCAGCCAGCAGCGGCUGGACCAUCUGCAUUUGCUCGGAUACUGGUAGUAGAGGGACCAGCAGGCGCCGAGUGGAUCAACCCGCUAAGCGGUAGGUCAUCGGUAGCCGGUGCGCUUGGAUUUGACAUCGAUGAGCAUCAGGCAGCAGGGCGUCGGCGCCUUCUACAAGGGGGCAAGAUCGUUCUUGUUGAUGACCUGCCCAACAUUUUGCACCGCGACACACGCGAGUCGUUCAAAUCGGCACUACUGCGAUUCAUUUCAAUCCCUGCACGACAGUCAUUCCCGCUGGUGAUCGACCUUUUGGAUGAUGCCUCCAGGAGGAGCUGGCGACUGCGCGAUGGCGACAAAAGCACCAAUACAGAAGUUGCCACCUGGUGUGCCUCCGAUAUUAUUCCCCGCGCCGUGUACAGCUCCGCGUACUGUCAGUCGAUAAAAUUCAACCCAGUAGCGCCCACUAUUGUGUCGAAGGGCCUGAAGCGGAUUCUACAGAUCCGGCAGGGGCUGGAGGGGCAAAAAAAUGUGCGGUUUUCGCCUGAAUGCACUGCGGCAGUGAAGGCGAUUUCCAGUGAAAGUGGUGGGGAUAUUCGGUCAGCCAUCACCAUGCUUCAACUGACACAGGCCGCAUACACAGGCAUGUCGUCGCAGAGCUUGACCCCACGCAAACGGUCAAGGGCAACCAAACUUGUUACAGGCAGCGAUGUUGUUGAAGGCAAGAACGUUCUGUAUGCAAAGCGCGGACCGCCAGGCACAGCCGACAGCAACAGCGGGCGGGGUCGGUUGGAGUCCAGCCCCAGCCAGAUCAUCGGCCACUUGCCGGUGGAUAUGAGCACAUUCAACCUGUUUGUGCACGAGAACAGUGUCGACUUUUGUGGCAGCCUUGACGAACUUACUGAGGCUCUAAGUUACUUUAGCGACGCCGACGUGGUUUCUAGUCGCGGGCGGACCAAACACGAUGCGUUCGAGACAGCGGCUGAGAUCUACUCUGGGAUGUUGACUAUGCACGGAUUCAUGCAUGCAAAGGGCCAUCCCGAGCUGGCCAGCCAGGGCUCACACAGGCCGUCGAUCCAGGCAUUCCGCAAGCCAAUGUUCUUUGAGAGCUACAAGAAGCGCAUGUAUAAUAGUCGAGUGGCAAGCGGUCUGACAGCCGUGGACUUGCUCGAUCUGGGCUCCAAUGCGCCGACGCUGGCUGCAUGGGGUGGGCGAAUGAUCGAUUCGCUGGCGUUCUGGGCUCAGAUCGUGCCACGGCAGCCGGGUAGCAGCUCAGUGGUGCGGCAGCGCAAUCCAAUCCUGCAGAAGCUGGUGCUGAGCGACGACGACAUUGAGGAUUUCUCGGACUAA